UGACACCCACCCAACAAGGUAUAAAUAGCCACCAGCGAGGACGAAGGCUGCACUCUGAUCUUCUGUAUCAAGCUGAGCAGCGGGCUUUGCUUUUGGGGCUGGAUUUCUGAUCACUUCAACCAUGAGCUGCAGCAUCAAGAGAACAUCUACCACCUCUUACAGGAGCGGUGGAGGUGGCGGCGGCUGCGGUGGCAGUAGCAGCAGGAGUUCCUCCGUCUCCUGCCGGCGAUACGCCUCCUCUGUGACAGGCGGUGGAAGCUAUGGGGGGGGAGCAUGCGGCAUUGCCUACGGAGGGGGCAUGAGCGCUGGCAGCCUUGCUGGUGGCUUUGGCGGAGGCUUGGGAGGAGGCUUUGGUGGAGGCCUAGGAGGAGGCUUUGGUGGUGGUUUUGCAGGAGGCUUUUGUGCUGGGGGGGACACCCUUCUGAGCGGCAAUGAGAAGGUCACCAUGCAGAACCUCAAUGAUCGCCUGGCUACUUACCUGGACAAGGUGCGAAGGCUGGAAGAAGAAAAUACUCAGCUGGAGCAGUACAUCCGGGAGUGGUACAGGAAACAAGCUCCCAGUGUUUCCAAGGACUACACCUCCUACUACCAGACCAUCGAACAACUCCAAAAUCAGAUCAUUUCUGCCACUGUGGACAAUAACAGACUGCUUCUGGACAUCGAUAACAGCAAGAUGACCGCUGAUGACUUCCGAAUGAAGUAUGAGAAUGAGCUGGUCAUCCGUCAGACUGUGGAGGCUGAUAUUAAUGGCUUGAGAAAUCUCCUGGAUGACCUGACUCUGGUUAGAUCUUCACUGGAAUCCGAGCUAGAGUCCUUGAAGGAUGAGCUGAUUGCUCUUAAGAGAAACCAUGAGGAGGAAAUGAGGCAGCUGCAGGCUCAAACUGGUGGUGACGUGAGCGUGGAGGUCAAUGCUGCCCCUGGCGAAGACUUGACAAAGAUACUGAACGACCUGAGAAACGAAUACGAGCAGAUCAUCGAGAAGAACCGCAGAGAGGUUGAGCAGUGGUAUGAAGUCAAGAUUGAAGAAGUCAAUCGGCAGGUCACUUCCAGCAGCCAGGACAUCCAGACCAGCAGCCACCAGCUCACCGAACUGAGACGCGAAACGCAGAACCUGGAGAUCGAACUGCAGGCGCAGAUCAGCACGAAAAACUCUCUGGAAAACUCCUUGGCAGAGACCGAAUCUCGCUAUGGCUGCCUGCUGCAACAAAUCCAAGGGCAGAUUAACUCUGUAGAGGAGGAGUUGGCCAGCAUCCGCUGCGAGAUGGAGAGUCAGAACCAGGAGUACAAGAUGCUCCUGGGCAUCAAGACCCGCCUGGAGCAGGAGAUUGCUCAGUACCGGGCACUGCUGCAGGAGGGACAGCAAGACAUUGUUGCCUCCCAAGCAGCUUUUCAAGGAGGUGGAAAAUCUACUCAAUCAUAUUCCUACUCUCAUUCCCAGUGUGGUGACAUGACAGGACAGUCAAGAGUGUGCUAG